AUGGAGCUAGAAAAUUGCACAGUGGUAAAAGAAUUCAUCCUUCUUGGUCUGACCCAGUCCCAAAAUAUUCAGCUCCUGGUUUUUGUGCUGAUCUUAAUUUUUUAUCUCAUCAUCCUCCCUGGAAAUUUCCUUAUCAUUUUCACCAUCAGAUCAGACCCUGGCCUCACAGCCCCCCUCUACUUCUUUCUGGGCAACUUGGCUUUCCUGGAUGCAUCCUACUCCUUCAUUGUGGCUCCCAGGAUGCUGGUGGACUUUCUUUCUGAGAAGAAGGUAAUCUCCUACAGGGGCUGCAUCACUCAGCUCUUUUUCUUGCACUUCCUUGGAGGAGGAGAAGGGUUACUCCUUGUUGUGAUGGCCUUUGACCGCUAUAUCGCCAUCUGUCGGCCUUUACACUAUUCCACUGUCAUGAACCCUAGAGCCUGCUAUGCCUUGCUGUUGGCUCUGUGGCUUGGGGGCUUUGUCCACUCCAUUAUCCAGGUGGCGCUCAUCCUCCACUUGCCCUUCUGUGGCCCAAACCGACUGGAUAACUUCUUCUGUGAUGUGCCACAGGUCAUCAAGCUGGCCUGCACAGAUACCUUCGUGGUGGAGCUUCUGAUGGUCUUCAACAGUGGCCUGCUCACCCUUCUGUGUUUCUUGGGGCUUCUGUCUUCCUAUGCAGUCAUCCUUUGCCGUGUACGUGGGUCAGCUUCUCAAGGGAAGAGCAAGGCUGUAUCCACAUGCACGACUCAUAUCAUUAUUAUACUUCUCAUGUUUGGACCUGCCAUCUUCAUCUAUACUCGCCCUUUUAGGGCCUUACCAGCAGACAAGGUAGUUUCCUUCUUCCACACAGUGAUCUUUCCAUUAAUGAAUCCUGUGAUUUAUACUCUUCGCAACCAGGAAGUGAAAUCCUCCAUGAGGAGAUUACUGAGUCGGCAUGUGGUGUGCUGA